AUGACUUAUUAUACAGAGGCUUUUGCAAUAUUGAUUGGGACGUGUGCUGUUUUAACUUUUUGGUUUAAAGAUAUAAAGUCAAAAAGUUCAACUUCACCUGGGAGACUUACUCAAGAAUACAAAUGUUUUAGCAUAAAUUACUUGACAGUAUAUUAUCUUGUCAUGGCUGGUGAUUGGCUCCAGGGUCCUUAUAUUUAUGCAGUAUAUAAAAGCCACGGAUUUGACUUAAAUCAAAUGGCAAUUUUAUUUAUUACUGGAUUUAUAUCAAGUGGAGUAUUUGGAAUUGUAGUUGGACCUACAGCUGAUAGAUAUGGAAGAAAGAAAUCAUGUUUAGUAUUUACACUUCUCUAUUCAUUAUUUUGUCUUAUUGUGAGAUCACCAAAUUUUAACAUUUUGUUGAUUGGAAGAAUUAUAUCUGGAAUAAGCACAUCUCUUUUAUUUUCAGUUUUUGAAGCAUGGAUGGUUAGUGAACAUUUUUCAAGAGGAUUUCCACCACCACUUUUGUCAGACACAUUUUCCAAUGCAACAUUUGGUAAUGGGCUUGUAGCUAUAUUUAGUGGACUAUUGGCAAAUUUGUUGGUGAAAAAUUAUGGAGUCACCACACCUUUCAUGGCAUCAAUUGUUUUCUUUGCUGUUGCUGCUGUUGUCAUUUCAUCAACAUGGAAAGAGAAUUAUGGAAAUUCUCGUGUUUUGGCAGUUGGAGCAGUUCAAUCUCUCUACGAGGCUUCAAUGUAUACAUUUGUAUUUUUCUGGGGACCAUUCUUGGAGCAUUAUCAUAAGCCGGCGAAUGAAGACUUACCAUUUGGGAUGAUUUUUUCCAGUUUUAUGGUAGCUAUAAUGAUUGGAUCAUUGGUUUAUGGACAAUUGAGUGGUCCAUAUAAUAUAUCUUUAUCAACUAUAGCAAAAGCUACUUUUCUGAUUGCAUCCAUAUCAUUAUUCUUGCCUUUAAUUAUUAAGAGUGAAAUUAGUUUAUUUGCAUUCUUUACAUUGUUUGAAUUAACAUGUGGAAUUUAUUUUCCAGUGAUUGGUACUCUACGAGCUAAAGUGAUUCCAGAAAAUAUAAGAGCUACAGUUAGCAAUUUAUUUAGAGUUCCAUUGAACAUUGGUGUUGUAUUUCUAAUAGUGACCGAUAUUUCGAUUUCAACAAAAUGUUUAAUGUGUAGUGCUUUACUAUUUGUAGCUUUUCUUUGGUCAUUUAGAUUGCCUGGGGUAUGA